GCAGCGAGCCGUGUUGCGCAACAUGUCUACCGCCAAAUCAAACAUUUCAAAGAAGAAAUAUUUUCCUUCUCCAAGGAAGAUUCGGUGAAAGCGGCUUGCUUGUGAUUGUGAAUUGUAAACAAGUCGGCGAUUACGAUUCAUCCCGCCCUCAACGAUGUACGCUCGCACGAACGCCGGCAGCUCGCACGGAGAUUUCCCGGACAGAAACGGAGUCAAUUACGUGACAUCGACAGAGUCUUUCGGCCACUGCUCACAAUUGUUCUGGAAAAAGGAUCCAAACGACUCGAGUUCGACCAUCAACUGGUGCGAUCAGCUUCCUUCGUCGUCCGCCGCGCUAUCCGGCUCCACCCUCUCCUCGGCGUCGCUCUCCGGCUCCAGCCUCUCUUCCCGAGCUCCGGUCCCCGCGACGUCUACGUCAGACGAGGUGGAUUCAGACGAGAGGCCGUAUGUCUGCGACCUGUGCAGCUGCGCCUACAAACACGCCAGCUCCUUGCUCAACCACAAGCUCACUCACAAAACUGGAGACUUCAGAUGCGACUUCUGCAGCAAGCCCUACACCAACUACAUGUCCUUACGGAACCACAUGCGAAUCCACGGUCAGAAGCGCUACAUGUGUGACCGCUGUGGGAAAGCCUUCCGCUUGGCACGAUACCUGCGCAACCACCAGAGAAUCCACGACGACGGGCCCAACCGCUUCGACUGUCCUUCCUGCUCGAAAAGUUACAGGACUAUGCUGGAGCUGGCUCAACACCGGUGUAAUGUCCAGUCCUCAUCCAGCCAGAACCGAUUCAACUGCCCGUCCUGCUUAAAGAGCUACAGAACCAUGCUGGACCUGGCCCAGCAUCGCUGCAGCGCGGCGCCCAAAAAACAGUCUACCAGCCGGCGUUCAAAUUUCGCUGCCAAUCCUCGCCGACAGCAGCAGCAGCAGAACAAUGCUUCGUCCAUGAUGCAGCACGGAGGACACAGUCAACAGGAAGCUCUGCCCUCCCACUGCGUAUCUCCCAUGUCUCAAGGAGGCCAGAGUGGUGGCCUGGCCAGUCAGUCUGUACCUGACCACCAGGUAGGGAGGAUAUACCAGGUCCGUCCUAGCUCUGUGUCGUCCCAGAGCAGCCAGCAAAACAUGAGGAGCUCCUCCUCCUCCAAACACAUCUCCUCUUCCAGCACUACAUCCUCUUCCUCCUACUCUCUUCUCCAGCCCCUGGUUCCUGAGGUAAAGGAGAUGAGCUUGGGAUACACUAGGCUGAGCGCCAAUCCAAUGCCCAAACACCAGGACACGUUCUCUCUGGCUCCUCAGCGGCCGCUCACCACCAUCAACCCCAUCGCCCACUCCCUCCAUGCCAACGGAGCGCCCGCCCUCAAGCCUUCGCCCGUGCCACGUAGCAUCCAGUCCAUGCCCUGGGAGCAGCGCUCGCUCUACAAUCAAUAAGGGCGACCCUCCUCCUCCUGGCAUCCUCACUCCUCCUGGCAGGACGUGGACGUGGACGUGGACGUGGACGCCCUCGUGAGUCCUGCUCCUUCUGGACCUUGUAUGUGGGAGGGGAUGUGCAAACAUUCACAACUAGUUGACAUUACUGAGUAGUUCACUCUUUUGUGUGUUGCCUUACCUUCAUGUAUGAUCCACACCUUCAUGUCCUUUCAUAACCCAAAAUAUAUCCUCACCCUCCUUUUGGAUGACAUGACCUGCUUUUUGAAUAAAUGUUGACUAGACCUUCAA